UACAAUCGGUAGUAUCGCCGGUCAAUUAGCCCCCGCCUGAGCUUCCGCCCGAACCCAAAGACAGUCGCCUUAGGACUAGUUGUCAGCCAGGUAACAGGAUCCAUUUUCCCGUCCAGAGGAAAAUGGAAGCGGUGCAUACGGCCAUCGGCGUGGCCACUGUCGUGGCUCUCUUCCUGGUGGUGGCCAGUUCAAUUUCGCAUGUGGGUGACAGGGUGGCUGAGCGCACCGCCACCCCCUUCUGCAGGGUGCUCCACUACGGCAGCCCCAUGGGCGAUCAGCUGGCUGCCACCGAGGGCAUAACAUCUCUGGUGGAGAGCGAUGGAAUGGACAAUGCUUGCUCGAUGGUUCAGAGUAUCGGAAGCAGGGCCCGCGAUCUAGUAGGAAGAUUGUUGCCGACACUCGACUGCGAAGCACGAUUGGCCGGCAGAUCAGAUGCCGAUGGUGAGGAUGCAUCCAAAAAUAAGUCCGACACCGAGGGUGAAGCCAAGCCGGCACCGCCGCCCGAGCCAGAGGCAGAUCCACCGGCAGAGGAGUAGAUACUAAACAUUGUUUCAAAUUUCCGUUUCGAGAAGUCACAAGUAGGCGUGGACUUCAUCCCAAGUAGGCGUUGGAUCCCGAAACUUCAAAUUUCUGUCGAGCUAGUCCAGACCCGACGGAGUUCAGGUCAUUCAUUUUCAACAGCUUCUACUGAACACAUCAGCUCCAGUAAAAUAAAAGGAAAUGAAAAAUUAGUCCAAAUUCUAAAUUUGUAGUCGAGGCCUAACUCAACUAUUUUCCCAGCAGCAAAAACCAGAAUUAAAAGUUCUAAAAUAUCAAAAAUAAUAUCUGGUGCAGCCGGUGCCCUUAACUAAACCAAACCUUCAAGAUGGUUUUGAUGCUCGUGUGCUCUUUCGAUCCCUUCUAUAUUGGUCCCUGCCCCCCUGGAUGCCUGGCGCCUUUGAAGGGCGGGUGCUGUAGCCCAUGCUGUGGUCCUUGCUGCGGACCUUGCGGACCUUGCUGUAGUCCUUGCUGCAGUUCGUGCCCCUGCGGAUGGUAGAGCCCCGAUUGGAAUUAACUAUGAAAACUAUGUAAUUUUGCGAAAACGUUAUGGGCCAGUUGUGAUAGAAGCUGUACGCGUUGCUGCUGGGGAGAUCAGUUGCUGUUAACACUCCUCCCUUGGCCCGGGAACAUCACACCAGUUUCCCCAUUCAAAAAAAUUUAGAGCAGACUGUUUCGAAAUAAAAUGAAUAAAAAAAAAAAAAA